AUGACAAUACUACCUAACAAACCGAAGAAAUUGACAAAAAAUACCGAGCGGCAUGGUUUGCAACAAACAGGCAAUCGGACCUCAGCGAUGUAUAGACAUUCAAGUACGAACAAUGGCAACGAGGAAAAAAGGAAAACUAAUGCUGCUGCUAGCUCCAAAAGUUCACCACUUCCCAGGACUGCAUCUAGUAAAAGUAAUCAUUUUCUGAGUACGUCUCCACCGGAAACUAAUAAGCAACCAAGACAAAAUCCUCCGGAAGAAGAUCCAGAUAUUUGUAAUGUUAUGUUUGCAGGUGCUCCAGUUAUUAAUUCCGAUGACGAAGAUGGUUCUGGUUUCAAAGAUGAUAACCUCGAAGCGUGGUUUGAAGAGCGUCUGCGUUGCGUACGAGGUCUUGUGAUCAAGCCUGUUCGAGGAGAUGGAGCAUGUCUUUUCCGAGCUGUUGCUGAUCAAGUAUAUGGUGAUGAAGAAAUGCAUGACGAUGUCAGGCGACUUUGUAUGGACUACAUGGAGAAGAAUAGUGAUCAUUUCUCACAGUUCGUGACAGAAGAUUUUCAUGAUUACAUUGCAAGGAAACGGCGUCGUGAUGCUCAUGGGAAUCAUGUUGAAUUACAAGCAAUUUCUGAAAUAUUUUCACGCCCAAUCGAAAUUUAUGAGUAUUGUACUGAGCCUCGAAAUAUCUCUAGCUCUCGUCUAGAUGCCUCUCCAUCUGCAGAACCAAACCCACCAAUCCGUCUUUCAUAUCAUGGUUCAAUUCACUAUAAUUCAGUCAUCGAUCCAACUAAAGCGACAGUUGGAGUUGGUUUGGGAUUGCCUGAGUAUUCACCUGGAGCAGCAGACAGAAAUCUAUUGCAAGAAGCGAUGAAGAAAUCAGAAGUUCAAAUGAUCGAAGACGCCAUGCUGCACGAUAAAAUUAAAAUGACUGAUUUUGAGCGUACAGAACAAGACAUUAGCGAGCAGAUAGCUCGACAGUCUUAUUUGGAUUACUUGAAGAGUAUUAGCAAAACGGAAAACACCGAAGGGAAAGAAACAGCAUAUUCGGUAUCGGAACCGGGUUGCUCGCGUGCAAAUGUUCGUCCUCAGGAAAGCAAUGAUGACACAAUAAGUGCUAACGAGUGGUUUCAUGCAGCAGGAUCGGAUGCGGAGGAAAACGCGUUGCUGGCACAGGUAAUGGCUCUUUCACAACAAGAAUUUAUGAAUUCGUUAAAGAAGAAAUCAUCGAAGGAACAAAAUGAUGCUGAUCAAGCUGGUUCUAGCAAGUCUUCGUAG